AUGAAGAACAAGGAGAAGGUUCUCAAAGCCAAUAUCAUGGAUCUCAAUAUCGGGCAUCGCGUUAUCAAGGAGAACAAGCUCAAGGAGAACAAGUUGGUGUCGAACAUGUUCAGGGACAACAAUCUCAAGGACAACAAUCUCAAGGUGAAAACCAAAGAUCACCAAGUGACCAACAUGAUUAUACCCAGUAUUAUCAUUAUUUUAGCGGAACCGGAAAUAAUUAUCCUGGUAUUUUAA